GAGGGAUGGUAAGUGAGGAGGAUCAAUCUUAGUCGGUCGCAGUCGUCUAGCGCACGAGGCGGGUCCGGAGGCGGCCCUUCUCCGUAGCAACGGGAAUGUUGAAGCGGUUGCUAAGGGGGAUGAAGGCGAUGCUAGGUGUAGGCCGCGCAUGGCGGAGGCGGCAGCUUUGCGAGUGCGAGGCCGCGGAGCCUCCCUCAGAGAGGACCCAAAGGAGCUCCUUAGCAACACCCAAAGAACCAACAAGACCCACAACAUCGACUUUCCAAACCUAAGAAGGCACCCAGCUCUUCACAGGGAUGAGCAGAGAAAGCCAUCCCUGGUUGGGGAAGAAAAUGGUGAUUACUCAUCUCAUUCUAUGCCAGGGGUCUACAGCAUUGAAGACUUGGAGGAAAGCUUACAAAAACUGAAGGUUCAGGUGGACAGCUUGGCCUCCAGUUUAACUUUCCAUCCAGAUCGAGAUUACACUUCUGCUCUGGAACAUGUGGCCGACCCAACUCCUUUAAGUUCCAAAUGGCACCGACCAGGCUUACCCACUGAGCACCCAUCAGGGUCACCCACUGAGAUGGAAUGGUUACUGAAACCAAAGCAUCUUGUGAGACCAUUAGGGGAGAACCUGGACACGGGCACUCCAACCUUAAGCACAUCCCCAGUGAGCCAAACUUCAGGAUUACCUGGCAGUGCGAUUGUGAGUCAGAAUUCUCCCCCCUCAGGAGAUCCUGCUUUCCCAUUGAAACUUGGGGCCCCUCAUGUGAUUGGUGUCAAGUCUUUGCUGCCCCCCAAGAUUCCAGUCCGAGCUUGCUUGCCAGAAAGGGCCUCUUUCACAUUCCACAGAGGCCGUUCACUGACUCUUAAUCAUUCUGGGGUUACCCGCUCCUGCUCCUUCUCUCCAGAUGCCAAACGUCCGCGCUGGCUCAGAUCCCGGUCUCAGUCUCCAAGACCUAUCUGGAGACCCAGCUCAGCCAAGGCAAAUGCCUGUGCCCAGCCUCCGCCUCAGCUGGGGAAGCCCAGGGGAGUCAAAAAGAAAGGUGUAUCAAGUAGGCAAUCGCGGUUGAGGAUCUUCAGGCCAGGAACAUUAGCGUCAAGAUCCUGGACUUCCACGAAAGCAAUUGGGAAGGGGAGCCCAAGGGAAUCUUGGAGUCCUUACAGUUUGGCUUCCCCUGACAUCUCCUCACCCACAGCACAGGAGAUGAAUGAACGAUUCCUGCAGACGCUUUCUGAAAGCACCAUGGGGAGAGACCUGAUUGAAAUGUCUCCAUACCAGAAAGAGCUGGCUCAUCUCCAGCUCGAGCGCCUGCGUGUGGAAGAGGCCUGGUUACUGGAAUUAAAGAGGCAGCAGGAAUUGGAACAGACCCGUGGCCCCAAACCCAAAUGGGAGGCAUUAGCAAGAGCUUCUAAAGAGUUCCAGCAACAACAGAAGCCCACUCCCACCUCCAAGACCUACUGGUAAAGAUCUGAAGGAGAGAUUGAGAAUCUGUACAAGAAGAGGAGAUGGAAGAAAGGCAGGUCAGGAUGAACAGGGCGUUCCUCUGGGUCCAGUGAAUGAUAGUGGCUUGUUCGGGGGAUGGCGGUGUGAUUUUGAGUGUCCAGUCCCAGCCACUUCUGUGCCUUGCUCUUGUUCUUGAUCACUCGGAGCCGAUUUAUGCUUUGAGAAGGGCCACAGGCCUUUUAGAUUGUACCACAGUGGAAUGAAAAAAAAAUUGAGCAAAGUUUCCCUGCUGGAGAAAAAGGUGACCUGAUGUCCUGGUGUAUUGGGGGGACUACAUAAAACUCUGACAUCUGUGCCAGAGAUGGUGUGGGCUAUUCUUUUCCGGCUCGAUGGCUUUAUGUGUGCAAAUUUGAUUAUUCGUGUGUGACAUGGUUUGAUUGUUAUUGCCUGCUGUCUCAAACUAAUUCAGCAAAGGACACCUCACUUUGGAUUUUCCGUCAUGUGUUUCAAAAAUGUGAUUAGGAGGGCACCGUGAAUAAAAGAACCUUGAUUGCUGAUCAAGAAAAUGUUCUUUGACUCAAAAAAAAAAAGAUAAAUACUACAGUAGAAGUAGAGAGAGCUGAGCAUGUGCAUUAACGUUUUUCCAUCUUUAAUAGAAUGUUUCUAUACUUGGUUGUUGCCGGAUUUCACUCUAGUGGCCUGACUUCUUCAUUUCUAAUAUUUUUUAAGGAUCAUUUAAUUCUUAGACUUUCAGAGAGAAGACAUCUAAGCUAGCCAUAUUGCUGACAUGCCAGAAGAGUUCUAGGUAUAGGUAUUUCUUUAUCAGUGUUGAAGCACUCAUUUUUAUGGCUGGCCCACAAGCAUUUUGGUGUAGUCCUUGAUGGGUGACUGCAGAAACCUUCUGACAUAGAAUGAUUCUGGCCUGAGGACCAAAACAAUCUCCCUACUAGCCAAAAUUAUUCUAUGAUUAAUUGUCUUCAUUGAUCAAUCGUGCUUGCGCCCUGAAUUUGUGAGUGAAAUGGAAGAUGUGAAAAAAUAAAGGCAGCCUGCAUUAAUAGAGAAGUUCCCCUUGUGCCUAGCUAUUCGAACCAGCUUUCCCAAACUUUUUUGCACAAUUACGAAAUCCUCUAUCCAGUUACCUAGAGGUAAUCCCACCUAACUCGAUAGGACAGCAGCUGUGAAUACAAACUGAAGAUUCUUGGCCAUUCCAGAAAGCUUGCAUUUUCUCCAGCUUCAUA